AUGAUGAGCACUCCUCUGGCCAUUCGCUGGCUGCUUACGGUGUAUUUCUACACCGUGGUGUCUAUCUCUUUUAUUAUAUCCUUCGUUUUGCAGUGCAUCGAAGGCGCCUGCCUCUUCCCCUUCCUCCUCAUUAAGCCUAAACUCCGCGUAGUGAUACUUGGACAAACUCACCAAGGCCUCAUGGAACUCGCGUAUAUUGCAUGCCGUCCCUUUUGGAAAAAGCAAGUCUUGCGUCCUUUACCCUCGGGGAUCUCCUCCAGGAAAGUCAUUGUGAUGGCAAAUCACACCAGCAAAGUUGAUCCCUGGGUUUUGGGGUCGACGCUUCUUGGAAUUCCUACGAUGUACGUCGUGAAGCAUUCUCUUCUCAGUGUACCCAUUGCAGGAUGGGCUCAGUAUCUGGCCGGGUGCCUUUCGGUUCAGUUUACGAGAGAGCGGGGAGGAUGGGGCACCCAACCCGGAGCCGUACAGAAUAUGAUGCAGGAGGCCCUCCACGCCCUCUCGGACGGCAUUUGCGUGGUAGUCUUCCCUGAAGGGACGCGCAGUGUGACCGGUAGACUGCAGCCUUUCAGAAACGGGUUUUUCCGAUUGGCCGUAGAUAACCCGGAUAUCUACAUUCUCCCCGUUGCUCUUCAUAACAACUUCCGGCUGUGGCCAGUCACCAGCAAACUCCUUUAUCCGGGCACUUCCUACGUUGCGGCUGGCGAACUCAUCUCCCCGAAGGGUUUGACAGUUGAGCAGUUGCGUGACAAGACGCACGAGGCAAUUUUUGAUCUGCUAAAACUUUCUCCGGAGUUCGACGCUCUACAAGAACAGCCACUUACCGAGUUGGCCGUCUCAAGGGAGCACGGGCUGUAA